AUGCUCCUGACUAAAAAUUCUUCAGUUUGUUCCCUGGUGUCUCAUAUUAUUUUGGGAUACUUAUUUACUUCUCACAACAUCAUUGUCUCUGCAUAUGAUUUCGUGAUAAUUGGCGGCGGAACCUCUGGUCUCGUGAUAGCCAAUCGUCUAUCAGAAAUUCCCAACAUUACUAUCGCUGUAAUCGAGGCCGGCUUUUCGGUUCUUAACAAUACAAAUGUCAGCAGUGUGGAUGGAUUCACAUUAGGUCUUAACACAGCAAUUGACUGGCAAUAUGCGACGACGAGUCAGACGUAUGCUGGUGGUAGAAUACUGGGCUAUAAUGCUGGAAAAGCAUUAGGGGGAACGAGCACGAUUAAUGGAAUGACCUACGUGCGCGCAGCAUUGCAACAAAUUGAUUCAUGGCAAGUUGGACUUGGAAAUACCGGUUGGAAUUGGUCUACACUCUAUCCAUACUACAAGAAGAGCGAGAGUUUUACAAUUCCAACUCCAGCUCAAACAGCAGCAGGCGCAUCGUAUAUCCCGGCGUUUCACGGACAAAAUGGACCUCUUAAAGUUGGAUAUGCGUAUGAUCUUAACAACGGCACACUUUUCUCUCAAGUAGGAAGAGCGUGGGAAUCUCUCGGCGUGAAGAGAAGUCGGGAUAUAAAUGGCGGAAACGUAACUGGACACAUGGUGGGGCCAUCUACACUGGACCGAGAGAAGAAUGUCAGAGAAGAUGCCGCAAGAGCUUAUUACUAUCCUGUACAGGGUAGGCCAAACUUGCAUGUAUUUUUGAAUACUACUGCCAGAAGAAUUGCUUGGGCUGGUAAUUUGGGAGCAACGUAUACGGCGGGUGGUGUAGAAGUCUUAAACUCGAACGGGGAGAUUGAGAUUAUCAAUGCGACAAAGGAGGUUAUUGUUUCAGCUGGAAGUUUAAGAUCCCCAGCGAUUUUGGAGCUUUCCGGUAUCGGGAAUCCAAUCAUCUUGCAAAAAUAUGGUAUACCAACCAAGAUAAUUCUUCCUGGCGUAGGAGAAAAUCUUCAAGAUCAGCCUAACAACGCAUUUGCCUAUGAAAGCAAUUCUACGUACAACGGAACUGUGCCAUAUGUAACGUAUGCUCCAUUAUCCUCCAUUCUCCCGAGUGUUCCAGCUGCGAAUCUCAGUACUUGGGCAUCGUCGAUAUCGGCAGCAAUCAAUGGUUCCAUUUCACCUGGCGCCAUGAAUUACCUCUUGACCAUACAAAAUGAUCUCAUCAAUCAAAAUGUCCCUGAUAUCGAGGUCAUCUUCGGGAACACAGUUAACACCGGAUCUGGACCCGUCCAAGUGGCGAUUGCGAAAUGGACACGAAAAUUUUGGGCAGCCAAAGCAUUGGCGAGCGCAUUUUUGGAAAUGUCACCAGGAUAUUCUGUCGUUCCCAAGAAUGCUACGGAUUCGCAGUGGGAAACUUGGAUCAAAUCAACAUUUGGCUCAAACAAUCAUCCUGUUGGCACGUGCUCUAUGCAGGGGAUAGCGUCUGGCGGAGUCGUGGAUUCGAAUUUGAAGGUCUAUCGUACCAGUAAUGUGCGAGUAGUCGAUGCAUCCAUUCUGCCUCAUCAGCUUAGUGGACAUUUGACUAGCACAUUAUAUGCUGUUGCAGAGAAGGCAAGCGACAUCAUCAAGAACAUGUAUGGUUUCGCAUAG